GGCCAACAUCCAGAUACCUCUUCUUGGCCUCGAGCCAGUUCUACCAUGGCAUCAGUAUCAACCCCGCCAACCGGCGCAUGCGGCGAUAGCCAGUUUGGUGCCAUUGUUUCUACGGCGGAUUGUCGUGGGGGCUUCGACUUCACGGUGGCUUUCGAAUCCGGCAUCUUGAACAUAUUACCAGCGGCUUGCUUCCUUUUGCCGGCAACCUUUCGCCUGUUUCGGCUGUCUAGGCAGGCGCCCAAGGUGUUCUCUUCCGCAUAUCGUGUGAUAACAUUAGUUAGUAUCCUUACGUCUAUCUGGCGGCGCAUCUUACUUGCGAGUGCCAUUUUGGAUCUUAUAUCAGCGCUAGUCGUUAUAGUACUAGUUGACAUGGAGCAUUUCCGGUCCAUCCGACCAUCAUUCCUUGCCUCUGCUUACCUGUUUGUCACGCUGCUUCUGGAUCUUGCGCGCGUGCGUACCUCCUGGCUGCUAGCCGGCUAUCAGGGCUACCCAGCUUGCCUCUCCGCGUCUCUAGCCGUUAAACUCCUUCUCUUGAUACUCACUAAUACCGAAAAACGGAAAUGGUUUCUGCACACGGAAAAGGACCACUCCACCGAAAGCGUGAGCGGACCUUUUAGUCGAGGCUUAUUUACUUGGUUGAAUGGCCUGUUGUGGAAAGGGCACUCCGUGUUACUGACCGGAGAUGCUCUGCCUACUGUUCAUAGAAAGCUCUUGUCUUCAGAGUUGUCGACUCGGUUCGCAGACUCGUGGACUCGCCACCCGCAGAAGGGGCAGAACGCGUUGCUCGUGGCGGUGAUCAAGUGUCUGCGAUGGGAAAUCGCGACGAUCGCCCUCCCACGGCUUUGUGUCGUGGGAUUUAGCAUCGCGCAGCCCUUUUUAAUUGGGAGAGUUGUCACCGUCUUACAGCAGACCAGCCCGUUGUCGCAAGAAAUGGGCUACGCCUUGAUUGCAGCAACCGCAAUUGUCUUUACCGGGAUCGCUGUCUCGCGAGCCUCUUACGAACACCUAGGAUAUCGUGCCACAACCAUGCUUCGUGGUGGUCUGAUGGCCCUUGUCUUCCAGCAUAUGAUGGAUCUGCCACUGGGAAGCAAUGACGAAUCUAGUGCUAUGGCCCUUCUAGGCGCUGACAUAGAAAUGGUUGCUGAAUAUUUCUAUUCGGUAGUCUGCGAGACUUGGGCUAAUGUACUCCAAUUGACACUGGCUACCUGGUUGCUACAAACCCAAGUCGGCGUUGUCUGUAUCGCUCCUAUUCUAGUGGUGAUAAUCUUCACAGGCUUCUCGUUUGCCAUGGGCAAUGCCGUUUCCGCUAGACAAAAAAGUUGGCUUCAGGCUACCGAGAAGCGUAUCAACUUUACGACUUCCAUCCUAGGCUCGAUUCGCAACGUCAAAGUUCUCGGGUUGACCGAGGUAAUGAGCUCUAUGGUUGAAGGAUUGCGCACGGAAGAGCUUGAGAUUUCUAAAAAAUUCCGCAAGCUCCAGUCAAUCCGCGUAUGCAUGGUCAAUUCUCCUAUGAUUGUGGGACAACUUGUGACUCUCGCUGCCUAUGCGAUCUUAGCAUUGCUACAGGGCUCCGGAGGUCUUGCCGUCGGCAAAACUAUCAUGUCAUUGUCGCUUAUAAGCUUGAUGAUUACUCCGCUGAGUUACCUUUUGAUGGCAAUUCCCGACACAUAUGCAUCGAUAGGCUGCCUUAAUAGGAUACAGGACUUCCUCAUGAAUCCAAGCCGUCUUGAUAGGAGACAGCUUUCUCAGCCAGUAUCAUCUCACCCAACACCGACAGAUAGCAUUGCCGGCAUAGAGCUAUGCCCGCUUCUAAAAAGUUCCCAAACGCAGAAAGAAGUGGUUCUCUCACUCCAAAAUGUUCGAUUUGGCUGGAAAUCUCCCUCUUCAUCAGAGACACUCGGUAUCACACUUGAGCUCGAGUCCUCACCCACCGGUACUGUCAUUAUCCUCGUCGGUCCAGUAGGCUGCGGUAAAUCUACCGUUCUGAAGGGCCUCGCAGGUGAAACACCAGUGUUGGAAGGUGAGCUUUUUAUCAAGUACCCGGAUCUGGCAUUUUGUGAUGAAACUCCAUGGCUAUCCAAUGCAUCAAUACAGAAGAAUAUUGCGGGCGAAGACCUAUCCACGUUUGAUCCAGACUGGUAUCAUACAGUUGUGCGCGCAUGUGCGCUAGAUGUGGACCUCAAGAGAAUGCCAGCAGGCGACAAGACAUCCGUGGGUAGUAAAGGGUCUAAACUUAGCGGAGGACAACGUCAGAGAAUUGCUAUCGCCAGAGCCGUCUAUGCUCGUAGACGAAUCGCUUGCUUCGAUGAUGUUCUCAGUGGUCUUGACAAUGCAACUGCCCGGCAUGUUUUUGAUAAUGUCUUUGGUCCGGCUGGACUGUUACGUCGGCUGGGAUGUACGGUGUUCUUGUCAACUCAUACCAUCCAUCACUUGCCUCAAGCCGACCUGAUCAUGGUCCUCGGGGAAAAUGGCCAAGUCAUCAAGCAAUGCAGCUAUACCGAACUUCGAGACCACGCGCACAACCUCACUGAGAGGCAUGGAAUCAAACUCACGCCAACAGCUAAAACGGAGCAAAUUGAUGACCUAGAGAACCCUUCAAACGACACUACAGAGUCUAUCAGUGCUCCUUCCCCAGGUGUCCAUCGGCAGACGACCGACCUUGCUGUAUACAAGUACUAUUUCUCUGCGCUGGGAUGGUUCAGAAUCGCCGCCUUGCUUCUCUUCCUGAUGACCGACGCCGGUAUCAACGCAUUCCGCUACGUAUGGGUCGACCUUUGGUCCUCCAGCAGCGACAACGCUACAGCCUCCCGCCUAGGCUAUUGGCUUGGACUAUAUGGAGCAUUCUCCGUCAUUCAAGCCCUUUCUCUGGCACUUGCCGUAUUCUGGACCUGGGUCAUCAUCGUCCCCGCGGCUUCUAAAAACCUUCAUUCUGUUGUGCUGCACGCCUGCAUGGGCGCUCCAUUGUCCUUCUUGUCGAAAGUUGACACCGGAGUACUGGUAACCCGCUUUAGCCAGGACAUGAGGCUGGUCGACAUGAUCCUACCUCGAGGGUUUAUAUCUACGGGAUUCUUGUUCUUUGGAGCCAUAGCCCAAGGCGCCACUGCGAUAGCUUCGCUGCCCUACUUGGCAGCAGCUCUGCCGCUUCUCCUUGGAGUCCUGGUUCUGAUCCAACGGUUUUAUCUAAGGACAUCUCGCCAACUGCGACUAUUAGAAAUUGAGCUCAAAAGUCCCCUCUACACUCACUUCAUCGAGUCCCUAUCAGGGCUCAUCACCAUCCGCGCCUUUUCCUGGACCCAAGCCGCCACAUCUCGAAUGAUCUCCAAGCUGGACACCGCCCAAAGACCCUACUACCUCCUCCUAUGCAUCCAACGCUGGCUGAGCCUCGUGCUGAAUCUGAUCGUAGCCGCUACAACAGUACUUCUCGUCGGCAUCGCUUUCGCGCUCCGCACGCGUGUUGACGCGGGCCUUUUAGGCAUCGCCCUCGUCAUGAUGAUGGACCUGGGCCUUGUUCUGUCGGAGCUGAUUCAGAACUGGACGUUGUUGGAGACAUCGUUGGGGGCUGUUUCGCGGAUUAAGGAGUUUGCUGAGGGGACAUGUCGUGAGGAGAGCAAUGCCGUCGUUCAGGCUCAGAGCGAAGUCCCGGAGUGGCUGACUGAGGGGGAGGUCGCGUUUGUGAGUGCGAGUGUUUCUUGGACCCUCUCUGAGACAAAGCCUUUACUCAACGGCAUUAAUCUCCGGAUCCCUGCGGGGAAGAAGUUUGGCCUGUGUGGGAGGACAGGAAGUGGCAAAAGCACACUAGCACUCUCCCUCCUCCGCCUCAACGAGAUAACCUCCGGACAAAUCCUCAUCGACGGCCAAGACAUCUCCCUCCUAUCCCGCUCAUCCAUCCGCCAGCAUAUCAGCUGUCUCAGCCAAGAGCCCUUCCUUUUCCCCGGCACCGUCAGACAGAACGCCGAUCCGCUGAACGCAGUUUCGAGCGCGCGGAUAAUCGACGCAUUGCAAUCUGUCGGGGUUUGGGAUUCUGUUGCGGCGGGCUGUGGUAGUGAUAGCACGGAAGAGGAAGAAAAGAUCCUGGAUUCAAUCCUAGACAACAGCAUUCUGUCACAGGGCCAGAAGCAGCUAUUCUGUCUGGCGCGCGCUUUGCUGAAACGGAGCAAGAUCUUGAUACUGGAUGAGCCGACGAGCAGUCUCGACCCAGAAGCAGACACCAAAGUACAAAGAGUCAUAAGGGAAUCCUUCCCCAACUGCACCGUGAUCAUGGUAGCCCAUCGAAUCCGCAGUCUACUCGACUUUGACCAAGUUGCUGUCUUGGAUAGUGGCCGGGUGAUCGAAGUCGGGUCUCCGCGGGAGUUACUGCGUAAGGCGGAUGGGGAGUUUGCGAGAUUGUUUGGUUUGGAGUCGUGA